AGGCGAGCAAUAUUUAGUAAUGUUUCAACCACGUUGCAAAACAGUAGUGAAACGUCUUAUUUUUUUUAUAUAAAAUCAACAUAUAAAUCUUCAAAUAACCAUUGAAAUAUCUCAAUAUGGAAUCGGAAUUUUGUAAUUCAAUAGACGCGCCGUCAAAAUGCGAUAUGUUUACAAAAAGUGAAGAUAUAAUUGAGUUCGUGCAUGAAGUGAGGAAGCGGCCAUGUUUGUAUGAUAACACUAAGAGAGAUUACUCGAAUGUUUGGUAUACGAAACCCGCUUGGAAAGAAAUAUCCCAUAAGUUAAAUAUACCAGUAAUUGACUGUAAAGAAAAAUGGAGAAAAAUCCGUGUUGCCUACAUGAGAUCCGUCAAACAAAUGCAGAGCGACAACCCACCGAACCGGCCGUACUGGCUGUCCGAACAUUUGCAAUUUCUAAUACCAUUCAUGCAAAUGUACAUAAAAUCCGGUGACAAAUUAAAACAUGGUGCGCACAGAUCAAGUGUGGACAAGACAAACGGUAUAGAGACAACAGUCGUCAAACAAGAGGAAGACAGUGAUUCAGAAACUAUGGACGAUGACAUUGAAGAGAAUGUAACGACAGAAUUUACAAAGGAAGACAAUAAUGCCAAUUGUAGUUCUAUUGAUUUAUUUAAUUCGAUGAAAACUAAAGUACCAUUCAUGCAAACGUGCAUAAAAACAAGUGACAAAUUGAAACAUUCAGCGCACAGGUCAAGUGUAGAUAAGCCAAACGGUAUAGAGACAAUAGUUAUCAAACAAGAGGAUGACAGUGAUUUAGAAACUAUGGACGAUAACAUUGAAGAGAAUGUAACGACAGAAUUUAUAAAAGAAGACAACGAUGUGAAUUGUAGUUCUAUUGAUUUAUUUAAUUCGACAGAAACUAAAGUAACAGAUAGAGGAGUUAAGCGCCAUCAAGAUCCAAUGGAAUACACUCCAAGGAAAAUGUUCCUGUUGAGCUUACUACCAGAGAUAGAGUCGUUAAGUGAAAAAGAAAUGAGGUUCUUUAGAAGAAAUAUAGUGAAUUUAAUGGACAAUAUUUUAUGUAAAAGAGACCAAAACAGUUAGUGACGUAAAAACAGUUGAUAGAUAAAUAAUGCCUUUUGUAUACAAUAAAAAUAAAGAAUUUAAAAAUAAUAAAAAUCUCAAAGUGAGGCAAAGGAAACGACCUCUAAACUUUUUUG